AUGGAAAACCAAAUGGACAUCUGGGCCUUGACAGAAUGGGAUACGCCCUUGAAGAAGCUGCGCCAACCUAUUCCGACCCUGAAAGGCACGGAAAUUUUAGUGAGAGUCACACACGCAGGACUGUGUCAUUCGGAUCUCCAUACGGCUGAAGGCUUUUAUGAUAUGGGAGGCGGGAAGCGAUUCUAUGUCAAAGAACGCGGUAUACAGCUGCCCGUUGCAUUGGGCCACGAAAUACUCGGAGAAGUGGCCGCCGUCGGACCAGAAGCAGCGUCCGUUACAAUUGGGCAACGGUACAUCGUGUAUCCGUGGCUUGGAUGCGGUGCCUGUGCACGUUGUACUCAGGAAAAGGAUAACCUAUGCGCCGCGCAAAGGGCGCUCGGAGUCCUUCGAAAUGGCGGGUUUGCUGAGUAUGUGGUGGUUCCGCACGCGAAGUACCUCGUCGAUCUAGGCAAUCUCGACCCCUCAGUGGCGUGUACUUUUGGCUGUUCUGGAAUCACGACGCUCAGUGCAGUCAACAAGAUAAUGCCUCUGCCACCGGAUGAACCGGUCCUCCUGAUCGGGGCGGGCGGCCUAGGGCUGGCGGCGAUAUCGGUGUUGAAAUCUUUUGGACACAAAUACAUCGUCAGUGCCGACAUAAGUGACGACAAACUAGCUGCGGCUGCUGCAGCGGGUGCCACAAAGACCGUCAACACCUCUGGCCCUUCGGCAGCUCAAGACGUUCUUUCCGCCACCAAUGGACCUGUCAUUGCAGUGAUCGAUUUUGUCAAUAACUCAAUCACUGCACGCAUGGUGAACAGCCUGGUCGCAAAGGGCGCCAAAUGGGUGCAAGUCGGUGUCAUGGGAGGCUCAAUCGAGUUGUCUCUCCCAGCGAACAUUCUCAGGGGCCUGACCAUCUAUUCCAACCUCACCGGAGGUUUGGACGAGCUUCGGAAUCUGGCGCAACUCGCAAAGGAGGGGAAGUUGCCCCCGAUUCCGGUCCAGAAGAUGCCUUGGGACUCAGUGAAUGAAGCGAUGGACCUGCUGAAGGCCGGGAAGGUUUCCGGGCGAAUUGUGCUUGUGAAGUGA